AAGAGAGAGACACAGAGACCGACCCGACCAAAAUUCCCCAUAGGUUUCCUCUCGCGGCCGGCUUCCGCCACCAUGGACGGCGAUGGCCAUCUCGAUUCCGAAAGAUGGCUUGAUUUCCCCCCUCGUGGUGUGCGCGGUUUCGCCGUCGGCGGUCAGCCCGUCUCGUGGUUAGCGAGACGCAAGUCACGCAUCCGUAGAAAGACUUCCCGCAAAACUGGGUCAUCUAGAACUCCAGUAGCUGGAACCACAACUCGUGUUCGACAGAGUGUUCUAUAUUCAAAUCUUCCUAGGCGAUCUGGAGGCAGACGAGGACGAGAAUUAUCACAAGAAUUACUACCGGUUGAGGAGCAUGCUGGUGAGGUUAGCAGCAGUGACAGUGAGAGCUCUACACCUGAAGUUCUGCCAGAACUCAAGGCGCUAGGGCUGACUGGCACGCCUCCUAAAUUCGAGAUAUCACCCUGUUGGUCAAACUAUUGUGCUGACGAUGCUAGCGGCAGCGAGAGUGACUCUGAAAUUGUUGAGGAGAGCAAGCCCAAAGAAGAAUCAGAUCUUGAUAUAGAGGAGGAGCGGCGAGAACUGGAGAAGUACUUUGAAGAGAAUACAUGCAGCACUUUCCGUGAAACGUGUGUUAUGCUUCGUGACAUUGAGCGUGCCAGACUAGCCGCCAAGAAGGAUAAAAUGUCAGCUGCUCGGCGUGCCGAUAUCAUUGCCCGAGCUCCCUACUUCCUUGAGGAGCGACAGAAACUUCAGGCAAGGGAACAAGCUUCAAGGGAGGAAGCGGCCAUGCAGAUUUUGCUACGUCGACAACCAAGGCGGGGAGUUUCUGACAAAGAGAUUAUUCAAAAUGCGAGGAAAUGGAUGAGUAAGGAGGUGAUGGUGGCUUUCGAAGAAUACAAAAAAAGAAGUCCCACUCUCGCGGGACAUGACUGCCAACUAGUGGAACUUGGCCACCAAUGUUUCAAUGUGGAAAAUUAUUGCAAUGUUUUCCACCACUUCAACUUCAAAGUGAAGAUUGAGAACCCUAUCACAAAUGUUUCCCGUGUGUCAGUAUUUUUUGCUGAAUUAAGAGAGAUGUUUGGGCAAAAAUAUUAUUUCUGCUCUCCUCUGGAAUCAGACAGUGAAAAUGGCCAGUGUUGUGCUUGCAGUAGCCAAGGAAUGGAGGUUCUGCAACAUCCAGCCACAGGUGGAUAUUUCAGGGGCUCGACAGGUUCCGCAUUCCCUUACAUGUACAUGGAAGAUGAUGUCUAUAACGAUUAGCGGGGUUGUUGAAUCUUUAUUCAGAGUUGGGUGUGGUUGGUGCAUGCGAGCCAAGUAGUCCAGGCAGCAGAUGCAAUAAUCUACAGGGUGAUUUAUUUUCACCUGUUGAACUAGUAGUACCUUUUGUUGUUGCUGUUCUGUGUCUGUGAUACUGACAUGCUGGUUUUGUUUAUGUAGUGAGCAUUUUCUUUGUAUACAAAUCUGUAACCAUGAUCAAUAUUUCUGGUAAUGGAACUAGUUCAGUAGUA